AUGCACAUUGCUUUCUCUAUGAAAGAACUUGGAGAUAUAUCCUAUUUUCUUGGGAUAUCAGUUCAUUCUACUUCUCAAGGAUAUUUUCUCUCCCAGCAAAAGUAUGCUACUGAACUACUUCAGCGAGUUGGGAUGGUUGAGUGCAAGCCUUGUUCUACUCCAUUGGUCCUUAAAUCCUCUCACUCCUCUUCUUCAGAUGACUUGCCUUACUCUAAUCCUUCUUUUUACAAGAGUUUGGUAGGUGCUCUCCAGUAUCUGACCAUUAUAAGACCUGAUUUGGCCUUAGCUGUCAACCAAGCUUGUCAGUAUAUGCAAGCUCCUACACUUGGCAAUUUUGUAAUGGUUAAACGGCUCUUGAGAUAUGUCGAGGGUACCCUUCAUCAUGGUCUCACUUUCAGUCCUGGACCCUUUAGUCUUCAUGCAUAUUCUGACUCUAAUUGGGUAGGAGAUUAUGUUGACAGAAGAUCCACUUCUGGAUUCUGUGUCUUUUUAGGUCCAAAUUUAAUUUCUUGGUCUACCCGGAAGCAGCCCACAGUUUCAAGAUCAUCUACCGAAGCUGAGUACAGAUCUAUGGCCAACACUGCUACUGAAUUGGUUUGGUUGCAGCAACUUCUCAAGACUUAUUUGUUCCUAGCUAUUCUCCUCUGGUUCUUUGGUGUGACAACAUUUCUGCAAUGGAACUGGCUUCUAAUCUUGUAUUCCACUCUCGCUACAAACAUAUAG